AUGGCGGACGCCAAUCCUAGCACCGCGACGGCCGCCGAGGAAGCCAAGCCUGACGCGAAGACUGUUCAGGUGCUGCGGGACAUGGCCAAUCGCCUGCGCAUCCAUUCUAUCAGGGCCACAUGUGCUUCGAGCUUCGGCCACCCUACAUCCUCCAGCAGUGCUGCUGAGAUCAUGUCCGUGCUGUUUUUCCACAUCAUGAGAUAUAAACAGGACGAUCCGGAGAACGUAGACAAUGACCGUUUCAUUCUCUCCAAGAGACUUUCAUUUGUUGAUGUGGCAACUGGAUGGCUCGGGCAAGGACUGGGGGCCGCUUGCGGGAUGGCAUAUACUGGCAAGUACUUUGACAAAGCAAGCUACCGCGUGUUCUGCCUCAUGGGAGAUGGCGAGUCCUCUGAAGGCUCCGUCUGGGAGGCAUUGGCUUUUGCUUCCCACUACAAUCUAGACAAUCUUGUGGCCGUCUUCGACGUGAACCGCCUGGGCCACAGUGGUUCCUUGCCCCUUGAGCACUGCAUAGAUGUCUAUCAGAAGCGCUGUGAAGCCUUUGGGUGGAAUACUUACGUGGUGGAUGGCCGUGAUGUGGAGGCACUGUGCCAGGUGUUCUGGCAGGCAAGUCAAGUGAGGAACAAGCCCAGUGCUGUAGUUGCCAAGACCUUCAAGGGCCGGGGCAUUCCAAGUGUUGAAGAUGUAGAAAAUUGGCAUGGAAAACCAAUGCCAAAGGAAAGAGCUGAUGCAAUUAUAAAACUGAUUGAGAGCCAGAUACAGACUAACAAGAAUCCUGAACCAAAACCCCCUAUUGAAGACUCGCCUCAAAUCAAUAUCGUGGAUAUAGAAAUGAGCUCUCCACCUGCUUACAAAGUUGGUGAGCAGAUAGCUACUCGGAAAGCCUGUGGUUUGGCUCUGGCUAAGCUGGGCCAUGCAAACGAUAGAGUCAUUGUGCUGGAUGGUGACACCAAGAACUCCACCUUCUCAGACAUAUUCAAGAGAGAGCACCCUGAGCGGUUCAUUGAAUGUUUUAUUGCUGAGCAAAACAUGGUGAGCGUGGCACUGGGAUGCGCCACCCGUGGUCGGACCAUUGCUUUUGCUAGCACCUUCGCUGCCUUCUUGACCCGAGCAUUUGAUCAAAUCCGGAUGGGAGCCAUCUCUCAAAUCAACAUCAACCUUAUUGGGUCCCACUGUGGGGUAUCCGUUGGUGAAGAUGGUCCCUCCCAGAUGGCCCUGGAAGAUCUGGCCAUGUUCCGAUCCGUUCCCAACUGCACUAUUUUCUAUCCAAGUGAUGCCAUCUCAACGGAGCAUGCUGUUUUCCUGGCAGCCAAUACCAAGGGGAUGUGCUAUAUUCGGACCAGCAGACCGGAAACUGCAGUUAUUUACACCCCACAAGAAAGCUUUGUGAUCGGACAGGCCAAGGUCAUCCGCCACAGUGUCAAUGACAAAGUCACAGUUAUUGGAGCUGGAGUUACUCUGCAUGAAGCCUUAGCAGCUGCCGAAGAUCUUUCCAAGCAAGAUAUUUCCAUCCGUGUCAUCGACCUGUUCACCAUUAAACCCCUGGAUGUUACCACCAUUCUCUCUAAUGCCAAAGCCACAGGUGGCCGUAUUAUCACAGUGGAGGAUCACUACCCAGAAGGUGGCAUCGGGGAGGCUGUCUCUGCAGCUGUCUCCAUGGAGCCUGACAUCUUGGUCCAUCAGCUGGCAGUGCCUGGAGUGCCUCAGAGUGGGAAGCCGAGUGAGCUGCUGGAUAUGUAUGGAGUCAGUGCCAGACACAUCAUAGUGGCCGUGAAAUGUAUUUUAAUGAGCUAA